AUGAGUACCGCCUAUCAGCCUCCCCUGGCGACUUUGGACAGCCAUGCCAUGAAUCCAUACCAUGCCGCUUCUCUCGGUUACCCAGGAAAGGCCCGCAUGGACGUGGUCGAAUCUCACCAGGCUCAGUACUCCAGGCCUGUAGUGCAGCAGCAAUACACAUUGCCGCAGAAUGCUAUGAACUGGGCACCGAGAGAGACCAGCGCGAACAACCCGUUUUCAUCAACAAAUCAACUGAACACAAUUCGAGAGCAGCCUCCUCAAGUAUCCUCCGCGAAAACUGAGGCCUCAGUUUGUUCUCAGGACGGUACCAAUUCCAGACGCAAUUCGGAGAGCCUCGUUUACCACAGCCUUCAAAUUCCGAAGUGCAUAAGUCCAACUGGGGGGAAUCUGGCCGAAUUUGCUGCUCAGAUGACUUGUCUGUUCUGGUUUGAAUCAGUGGACCAGUUAAAGCAGGCCGAGAAAAUUCGAGGACCUGGCCCAGCACCCGUCAUUCGCCUACCAUCUCUGGCCAGACCCUACGAGCAGUUUCAGAAAUGGGUUCUGCAAGUUCUCUCAACCACUCAGGUGACACAAAACGUCAUCCUCCUGGCACUGCUCUUCAUCUAUCGCCUGAAGAGGUCAACACCUCAAAUCAAAGGCAGAGCAGGCAGUGAGUAUAGGUUGCUCAUCGUGGCGCUCAUGCUGGGAAACAAAUUCCUUGACGAUAACACUUACACGAACAAAACGUGGGCCGAGGUUUCGGCCUUCGCCGUGAAGGAAAUCCACAUCAUGGAGGUCGAAUUUCUCAGCAAUAUGCGAUAUAAUCUUCUUGCAUCCCAGCAAGAGUGGGAGGAGUGGCUCGAGAAGCUGGCAUGCUUCCGCGAAUAUUACGAACGAGCUGCCCGUCUGCCCGCCUCCCCAGUUCAUAUCCCCGCUUCUGCCAACAGUCUCCCUCACUCCCCUAUUCCCUCCCCCACGAACCCAAUUGCCCCCAUGAUUCCUGAUAUGCUUCCUGUGACUCCCUCGGGCAUGCACAGUUUGUCACCAAGCGCUAACCGGACUAUCGACUGGUCAACUUAUAUGGAGAAUACAUCACCGCUAGCUGGUAAGCGUGCAAUCAAUCUACCACGUCGGAAGCGAAGCUUUGAGGACGACGCAUCUGAACACCCUGCGAAACGAGCAGUGCCCGUAUCCCGUCUCGCGCACCCUGCUGGAAGACUCCCAGCGCCUCACCCGAUCAUGAUGACGAACCCGGUCCAAAAUCAGGUCCAAAACCUACCCCCACCACCACUCAUGAUCAACACCCAGAACAACACCUCCUAUCCACAGGCAGGAUAUGUGCCUCCCACAGCAUCCACCACAGUGAACCCGGGCCAUGUGUCGUUGCCUCCCCUACAACCUGGCAUGCGAGCAAUGUCAACCGUGUAUCAACCACCAACAAUUCAGGUUCCGCAGCCACCACAGGCCAUGCCAGUAACCACGGCGCCCACUUUGCCUGUGAGCGCCUAUCCCGCACCUACCCUACCAAGCCAUCCCCAGCCUGCCUUUGGUUCAGCAAAGCACCGCAGCCCUGGAAGUCUUGCUCCUUUCACUACCUCUCCCCUGCCUGAUCACUUUGGUGGGAACUCUGGCAUGCACACUCCAGUCGCGCAAACCCCGAUGUCGCACUCGCCGACUUUCUAUCUACAGCAGCGCAAUAGCCCCUACAAACCCAUUCGACAUGUCAACACCCUUCUUUACCCCCCUGCUGCGUCUCUCGACCAGUACCAUCUCUCCGUACCGCUUGAGCCUACUCAGAUGCAUUAUCAUCCCCUUGGACGUCGCAACAUCGUACGGACCGGUGUUGUGCCUGAAUUCCUUGUCUACAACCGGGGCCAGCAUCCACCUCUACCUUCUCAAUUCACGCCUCAAGGACACUAUGCUGCGUAG